AUGGCACCCAGGCUGCCUACAAGCUGGGCACGACUGCCACCCUCCUUCCUCCUCCCUAGCGAAUUUCUUCCACUGACGGCCAAGCGCGGUGUCAAAUACGGAUGGACGACUGCCCCAGCUCGAGGCAAGCCCAACCGCUUCAACCAAAAGACAGCAGGAUUGCCGGUCCUCGAACAUUCGCCCGCCGCAGCACUCGCACGGAAAGACUCUUCGCUUCCCCUGAGGACGGGAGCCUUGGCUGUGAAGAAGGGGAUGACGGCGCUGUAUGAUGCAGAGACGGGAGUCAGGACGCCGUGUACGGUCUUGCAGUUCGACAGAGUGCAAGUGGUGUCUCACAAGACGAGGGAGAGGCAUGGAUACUACGCUGUGCAGAUGGGAGCUGGGUGGAAGCAUCCGACAAAUGUUACGAGGCCUCUGCUGGGACAUUUUGCAGGCGCAGAAGUGAGCCCCAAGAGAUUCUUGUCCGAGUUCAGGGUCAAGAAUAAGGAGGGACUUUUGAAGGUUGGACAGUCGAUUGGGCCGGAGUGGUUCAUGGAAGGCCAGUUCGUGGAUACCAGGUCUGAUUGUAGGGGUAUGGGAUGGGCGGGAGGCAUGAAGAGAUGGGGCUUUAAAGGUCAGCCUGCUUCUCAUGGUAACUCGAAGACGCAUCGUGCCAUGGGUUCUUCGGGUGCGUCGCAGGGAAGCGGUUCCAGAGUGUUGCCGGGAAAGAAGAUGCCGGGACGGAUGGGAGGAAAUCAGGUUACGAUUCAGAACGUGAAGGUGCUGAAGGUGGACCCGGUCAACGGACUGUUGGUUCUCAAUGGUUGCGUUGCUGGGCCCAAGGGAUGUAUUGUCAAGAUCCAGGACGCGAUCAAGAAGCCAUGGCCAAAGAUUCCCGUGGCGGGAGAAAGCAGAGAUGCGGUGGUGACGGCGUAA